AUCAAUAUGCCCCCCCAGACGAUAUACAACGGAUCCUAGAUAUGCAGAUGUCCGCAUCCCUCCUCUCCCACCCGUCCGACAAUGUACAUCACCCACAAAUGCACCCACAGGACCUCCACCACGAAGAACUGCGUUCCCCAGUCUCGAUCUCAGGUAGUUUCGUCAGUAGUGGCCAUUUCGACAUGAGCCCCAGCCUGUCGCCCAUAGACGCCCGUCUCCCCCACGAGUUUCCCGCUGCGGGAUCUAUGCACCUCAGCCCCCUUUCUCCCAAACAUGAACCCCUCCAGGCCGUCCUCCAUCCUUCCGCCCAGGAGGACCACAUGCUCAGCUUCGACUCCUCCACGCACACUUUUCCCAAACGCCCCAAAGCAUCCCAGCCGGCCGAGACAGAUCCCUUUGCUGCCGCUUUUCUGCAGGACCAGAUCGGCGACGAAAAAUGGAAUAUCUUCUCCGCUCGACUCUACGAGCGCCGCCUUGGCGGGUCCAAGGCGCGCACCCGGGGCAAGAAAUCCCCAGCCGAGCACGAGCCCCGCAACAGCGGCGCUUCCGCCAUCGAGUUCCUCGUCAAGGUCGAGGUUGUCAAGGAGGUCCUGAGGGUCUAUGUCCCACAUCCCUACAAUCCGUUCAAGUCGCUUACGCAUGCAUACGACCGCUCGCCCACAGGCUACGUUGUUCUCACCCGCGCGACCAUUCUCUCCCUCUCUGGCUGGUCUAAUACUCAGUUCUCCUACUGGGCUCGGCGUGCAGAGGCUGUCUCGGUCCUCGCGCAGCAUGACACUCGCCUGCACGAGGUCGCCGUGGCUCUUGAACGCCGCCUGCACCCGUCUGUUGUCGCCUCGCAAGCGCAGUCUUGGCCACAACCCCUCACCUGCCCCUCUCCCUCCUCCCCGCCCUCUCCCCUCACGCCGCUCUCCUCCAGCAGUUCCGGCGCGAGCAUCUCCCCUCCGACGACGCUUCACGACCUGCCUGAGCCUACCGUAACGGGCAAGGGCCUCGACCAGCUUAUCGACGACGUCAAACGACGCACGGGCGCCUCGCCCUUCCUCCGCGGCAAACAUGCAAGCCUUGACCCCUUUGGUGCACCCGGCGGCGACCGCGAGGCCCCGCCCGCCGCCGCGGCGGUCUACACGCCGACGUUCCAGACACAGAUGUACACCCAUGAGGCUCCCCCUCCCGCCUCUGCCGUCGACUCAGCGACCACGAGCCCGGCCAAGAAGAAGCGGAAGCGCAGGGAGAGUGACUGUACCUCUCCCAGCGGGGAGAGCGCCAUGCCGGCACUCUACGCGGCCAAGACCGAGCCCAACUUUGACGGUGGCGUCGUUUUGGGCGGCGCCGGCGCCGGCGGGCAGGACGCUAGCCCGAACAGGGCCGAUCAACGCCGCGUCCUGUUCUGUGUGUCUGCUUCGCGCGCGGCGACGCCCCCGUGUGUGUCGCAGACCAUGGUCCUCAAGCGGCGCCGCCUCUCUGAGGACGCAGGCGGUGCACGCGUCGACUCGUUCCCUGUCUCCGACUCGCGUUCGGAGACGGACGGCCCACCCCGCAAGCGCGCCCGAACGGGCACGAUAUGA